ACCGCUCCCAAGAAAGAUAAAGAUUCCUUAUCCUGUUUUUCUUUAAUUUGCUAAAAACAUGGAGAUAUGGCUCCUCGUUCUCAUCUCUCUCUCACUCUGUGCCUUCCUUAAAGCCCUCUUUAACCGUGUUUUUCUUUCCCAGACUCACAACCUCCCUCCAGCCCCCUUCACCUUCCCUGUUAUUGGCAACAUCUUAUGGAUCCGUAAAUCCACCUCCGAGCUGGAGCGUGCCAUCCGCUCCCUCAACCAAAAGCUAGGCCCGAUGGUCACCCUCCACAUGGGCUCUCGCCCCGCCAUCUUUAUAGCUGAUCGCUCCCUUGCUUACAUUGCUUUGAUCCAGAAAGGGGCAGUUUUUGCUAACCGCCCACCUGCUCCUGCUACAAGCAGAGUGCUUAGCAAUCAGCGUAACAUCAACUCUUCAUUCUACGGUCCUACUUGGCGUCUCCUCCGUCGAAACCUCACAUCAGAAAUCCUCCAUCCUUCGCGGGUUAAGACGUUUGGUCAUGCUCGUAAAUGGGUGUUGAAUAUCUUGAUGAACCAAUUUAAGUUGUUGUCCAAUUCUGGGGACCCUGUUCGUGUAGUUGAUCAUUUUCAGUAUGCUAUGUUUUGUCUGUUAGUGUUCAUGUGUUUCGGUGACAAAUUAGAGGAGAAACAGAUUCAAGAGGUCGAACAAGUUCAGCGUCGCAUGGUGGUGAAUAUAAGUAGAUUCAAUAUACUUAAUUUCUGGCCAAGUUUGAGCAAGAUAGUGCUUCGUAAACGAUGGGCAGAGUUCUUGCAGCUUCACAAGGACCGAGAAGAUGUAAUCCUUCCAUUGAUAAGAGAAAGAAAGAAGUUGAAGGAACAGAGGUUGAGAAAAUUAAAUAUGGAGGAGAACAAGGAUGAGUAUGUCUUGUCUUAUGUUGAUACGCUGCUGGAUCUGCAACUUCCUGAUGAGAAACGAAAGCUUAAUGACCUCGAAAUUGUUAGUUUAUGCAACGAGUUCCUUAAUGGCGGCACGGAUACUACCACAACAGCCUUGCAGUGGAUCAUGGCAAAUCUGGUGAAGUAUCCACAGAUUCAGGAGAAGCUGCUCCUGGAAAUCAAAGAGGUUGUUGGAGAAGGAGAGGAAGUGGUUAAAGAAGACGAUUUACAAAAGAUGCCUUAUCUAAAAGCAAUAAUUUUAGAAGGGUUAAGGAGGCACCCGCCUGCACGUAUGGUGUUGCCACAUGCUGUGACUGAAGAUACGGUGCUGGGUGGAUUCUUGGUUCCUAAAAAUGGGACUGUAAAUUUCAUGGUUGCUGAUAUAGGUUGGGAUUCGAAGGCGUGGGAGGAUCCCAUGGCAUUCAAGCCUGAAAGGUUUCUGAAUAGUGAAAGGGAAGCAUUUGAUAUAACAGGAAGUAGAGAGAUUAAGAUGAUGCCUUUUGGAGCUGGAAGGAGAAUUUGCCCUGGUUAUGGUUUAGCAAUGCUUCAUUUGGAAUAUUUUGUGGCUAAUUUGAUCUUGAAUUUUGAGUGGAAGGCUGUGGAUGGAGAUGAUAUUGAUUUGUCUGAGAAGCAAGAACUUACCAUUGUAAUGAAGAAUCCACUGCGCGCCCACCUAUCUCGCAGAGUUGCAAGUUGAAGAGCAGAAGUUAGGGUGUGUGGCUAUCUAUAUGUAUACAGUAACAUCUUUGUGUAUUGUCACUAUAUGUGGCUUGUUUUGACAAGGCGGCUGUAUUACUUACGAAAUAAUACUAAAACAAAACGUUGAAAUUUA